CAGCGCAACCCUCCCCCGCUCUCUGCUCUGAGGGGCGCAUGCAGUCGCCAGUAUGGAGCCCAGGCUGGCUACAGGUGGGGGGCUGGCGGCAGCACAGGGCUUUUCCCCACAUUCGGCAGUGGCGGGACUGUGGGGGCAGGCAGCAGCCCCUCUCCCAUUGUCACAGUCCAUUCCGAGCACCAGGAAGAGCCCAAUGCCACCGCCAGCCCUCCCGUGCGCAGUGAACAGGGCCCCGGACAGGCCGGGUCGUGGGGCAAUCCCCACAGCGCCCUGCCCCUCCCACACUCCAUCCUGCACUGUGGGGGUCUCAGUCCGCCCUCCCCACCAAAGCCCAGGCAGGAUAAAAAAGAAAGAAACUUACCUGCCUGUCAGUGGGGAGUGCACAGGUAUGUGUGUGCCCACCCUCUCCCUCCUGCAGUAGCCUGUGACCGGCUUGGGGUGCAGGGGUGAGCGGCCAGACAUGAACCUGGUGGCAGCAAGGGGAGCGGCGAUGCCCCCUUGCUGCAGGGGUCUUCCGCGCCCGCGUACCCCCUGCCUGUGUCUCGCCUACCCCCAGGGGUACGCGUACCACUGAUUAAGAAACUAUGGACUAGAUGACCCUUGAGAACUCUUCCAAUUCUAUGAUUUUUUAGAAUCAUAGAAUGAAAAAUAUAGAAGCAAUUAUAUAUUUCAGUGUUAUUCGCAGAUCAAAAAUAUGCAGGGAAAUAGUUUCCUCACAGCUUCUUAUAAUAUGGUAACAAAUCAUCAGCUCCCUUUCUUUCACAACUGGAGAGCAGUCAAAGCUAUAUGAAAGUGCAAGACGGUUCCACUGUAUAUGCUCUCUUUAUACCUUAUCUCUUGAAAUUGCUCUGGGAAGAGGGAGGGGUAAAUCCACGGAACAGCCACUGGGGCACAACAGGCCAGGGAUAAUUUUUUAGUGCUGGAGGACCUUCAUUUCAACAAUCUUUGGUUUGACCCUAAGUAACACAAAUGUAAAGCAGAUCUUGAUAGCAAGAAUAGGAACUAAUUUAAAGUCUUAUGCUAAGUAAAGGUCCUUUCAAAUUAAAUGCAUCCAUUGGUGGUAUGGUGCUAUUAUAUAAAGAAAGAUGUAACCAAAAAAAUUAUUUACCUACUUGCAACUGAAACUAACACCAAUAUAUUGUUUUCAAAAUGGAAAAAGAGAAGUUUGAUAAGGAAAUAUUUUUAUUUCUGUAUUGGGAGCAGACUAAUCUUUUUAAAGCUUUUUUUUAAAAUCAUGUCUAUUUUUGUUUUACAACUAUCUUGAUAACUGUAAUAUUUGUUUUCUUCACAGUAGUAACCUCUCAUUGGUGAAACACAGAAAUAAAUUUUAUCAUCAAUAUAUACAUAAAGAAUUAUUUACACAUAGUAUACACUGUUUGAUUUUGUUCAACAAGAACUUAUUCCCAGAUCUUAAAUGUGACUGUUUUACUUUUGCUUUUAACAAGUGUUUCUUUUCUUUUAGGGUUGAUAUUCUAUGGGCCGGCAUUUGACCAUUCUCAGGGAAUGAGCCCUACAAUGUGUGGAGCAUAUUAUAUUUCAUUCCAUUGCUUCCGUUUACAUCUGAGUGCAUUUUCAAAGCAACCCAAGGAAGGUGUUUUCAACAGCUAGGAAAGGAAAGUGUAAGUAAAAGACUGGUACAAUGGAUGAAGCUGUAGAAGUGUCAACUGAUGGGAACUCCUUGAUAAAAGCUGUCUAUCAAAGCAGACUUCGCCUCACAAGACUACUGUUAGAAGGUGGAGCCUACAUUAAUGAGAGUAAUGACAGAGGUGAAACCCCUUUGAUGAUUGCUUGUAAAACUAAGCAUGUGGACCAUCAGAGUGUCAGCAAAGCAAAAAUGGUUAAAUAUCUACUGGAAAAUAAGGCCGAUCCAAAUAUACAGGACAAAUCUGGAAAGACAGCCUUGAUGCAUGCUUGUUUGGAAAAAGCUGGCCCUGAAGUGGUUUCUUUGUUGCUGAAAAGUGGAGCUGACCCAAGUCUACAAGAUCAUUCUAAUUACUCUGCACUUGUAUAUGCAGUAAACUCUGAAGAUAAGGAGACCUUGAAAGUUCUCUUAAAUGCUUGCAAAGCAAGAGGAAAAGAAGUAAUCAUUAUUACAACAGACAAGUCUCCAUCUGGAAGACAAACCACUAAACAGUACUUGAAUGUGCCUCCAGCUGACAUUGAGGAAUGUCAUUCUCCAAAUGCCUGCACUUCUCCCUCAGAAAUAGAACUUAAAACAUCUCCAUCUCCACUUUCGAGUUCACGUGAAAAAGAAAAAGCUCUCUUUAGUUUUAAGGAGCUGGAUCAUCCAAGAAACAAACAAGAUAUAUCCAACUCAGUUUCUCCCACUAAAAAACCUAAUUUAACACAUGGAGGAUCCAAGUUAUCACCAGUGCAACGUCUGCAGUCUGAGCCUUGGAUAAAGAGUUCUCCUUCCUUGCUCCAUCAGAAUAAAAUUUCCUCUUUACAAGAAGAACUUCAGGAUAUAACUCCAGAGGAAGAACUGUCUUUUAAAAUCAAUAGUCUGGCUUUAUCCAAGAGAUAUAUCACCAGGCACCAAAGUAUUGAUGUAAAAGAUACUGCUCAUCUGUUGAAAUCCUUUGAUCAAACUGGUUCAAGAAAGUUAUCAUAUGAUGAGAUAAAUUCUCAGUCACUUUAUGCUGAGGCAAAACAUAAUCAGGGUGAAAUUUCAGUGGAUCGGGAUUCAGAUUCAGUUCAAAUGAGUUUUGUUUCAACCCUGAGAAGUAUUAUUCAAAAGAGAAGCUUAGGGGCAAAUCACUACAGCUCUGAUUCUCAGUUAACUACCACUAGGAGUCCUGCUACCACAGAAGAUAGCAAGUCAUUUCUAGGAAAGAAAAGGAUUCUCUCUCCAUCUUCAUCCUUGUUAUCAAGUUCCAGGGAAUUGUUGGAGAACAUACCUCUUGGUCCUCUGAGUAGAAGAAAUCAUGCUGUUUUAGAGCGACGUGGUUCAGGAGCUCUCCUGCUAGAUCAUAUUGCCCAAACCAGACCUGGUUUCCUUCCUCCUUUAAAUGUGAAUCCCCAUCCUCUACUUCCUGAUAUUAAUUUUAGCAACAAGAUUUCUGGGAUGGUUUCUUGUGGACAAAAAACCCUAAUUCCAACAGCACCUGCUUUUCCCAAGGAGUCCAAAAGUACAAGAAUGUUGUUGAGGAGGCAGUCAUUACAAACUGAACAGAUUAAGCAACUAGUGAAUUUCUGACAACUUAAAGUGUUAACAAAUCUAUACAAUAUGUAGAUAUAUACAGCCUUAUUCAUUUCCAAUCAUGUUUACCAUUCAAAGACCUCUGUACCCUAUAAACUCUUACCAGGCAGCUUUUGGAUGGCCCUCUGUCUUGGGAUGAAUGUAAUAUUUUAGAUUCAGUGGGCACAUCUACAUGAGACCUUUACUGCACAGUUGACUAAUAAACUGUGCAAUAAAUAUCUCAGCAUCUACACAUGAGCCCAUAUUAGGUUGGAGUUAACUAAAAAAAC